AUGCCCCAGCACGGAAGCAUAAUGGAACCGUCCACUACCAACUGCCCCUGCUCUAUCAACGGGAUUCAGAUAAUUACUGAGCUCCGUACUGUCCAACCCGUUGUUGAACUCGGCACAGUCCUUGACAUUGUCCAAAGGGUAUACACACACGGCAAGGAUGUACUCCAAUGCCAAGAUUGUCGGAAAAGCCCACACUCAUCAUAUGUGAUGCUACCAGCAUUAGCAGAGCAAUGUCUCUCCCUGUUUGAAGCAGUAUGCAUAGCAUAUAACAUUACGAGGGGGAACAUGCUGUUCGACCCGGCAAUGUUGGCGUUCGAGGAGCCGUUGUCGCAGUUCAUCUGUAUGAGGAGUAAGACAGUGUUGGGACAGAUAGAGCUGGACGAAAAGGAAUCGGUGAUGAUGGUAAAAACGCUACUGGGGAGGAACUUAAUGAAAAUCUUGGAAGUGUUGGAAACAUUGCAAAAAAUAUUCGUGUCGUUGGGGAAAGAGGCGGUUGGAGGGGGACGAUGUUCGGGCCCCGCAACGCUACGGGCGUGUGAGUCGUCGGUUGAGGCCACCAUGCAGAGGUUCGCGUUGUUUAUGAAGCAGGUUGAGGAUAGCUCUGGUGGGUCGCUUAUACGUUCUAGGCUCGCGGUAGUGGCUAAUACUGAUUCGUCCAGGGGCGUGAAGGACGACGACGAGGGUCGAUGGGCGAGGACAAGGCGUACCCUAUAUACUAUGUGA